UGCUGCUGCGGCUGCGGCUGCUGCUCGGCCAAAAGCACCAGAGGUGACUUUUCCUUCUGCAGAUGCCCAGGGUGGGGAGAGGCAUCCCAUACCAGCUUUGGCCAUGAGCAUGGAAGAUUACGAUUUCCUGUUCAAAAUCGUUUUAAUCGGAAAUGCCGGCGUGGGGAAGACGUGCUUAGUUCGGCGAUUUACCCAGGGUCUCUUCCCGCCGGGGCAAGGAGCCACCAUUGGGGUGGACUUUAUGAUCAAGACGGUGGAGAUCAAUGGAGAGAAAGUAAAGCUGCAGAUCUGGGACACGGCGGGCCAGGAGAGGUUCCGCUCCAUCACGCAGAGCUACUAUCGCAGUGCCAACGCGCUCAUCCUGACCUACGACAUCACGUGCGAGGAGUCCUUCCGCUGCCUCCCCGAGUGGCUGCGGGAGAUCGAGCAGUACGCCAGCAACAAGGUCAUCACGGUGCUCGUCGGCAACAAGAUCGACCUAGCCGAGAGGAGGGAGGUGUCCCAGCAGAGAGCCGAAGAGUUCUCCCAGGCCCAGGACAUGUACUACUUGGAGACGUCGGCCAAGGAGUCGGACAACGUGGAGAAGCUGUUCCUGGAUCUGGCGUGCCGGCUGAUCCGCGAGGCCAGGCAGAACACGCUCGUGAACAAUGUGGCCUCCUCCCUGCCCGGGGAGGGGAAAAGCAUCAGCUAUUUGACCUGCUGUAACUUCAACUGAAGGCCGACGGCCCCAGACGACGGAGAACGGCAGCGGACUCUCCAUGGGGGAGGGUUGUUUUUCCCAUUUGGACCACCUUCCCGCCCCCCUUUCCCGCAUCCCGGGCCCCCCUAACCGGCACGGCCGGAGGCGUGGGGGGAACGACGGGCGGCCUCCGUCGGGGCGGUGCUGGGAGAGGUGGGCCGGAGCGCGGGGAAGGCCGAGUCCGGCCCGGGAAGACGCUCGGAACCGGAUCCCGGCGUGGAUCUAGAGCGAGCGUCGGCUCUCCCGGCUGCGAGAGCACUUUUGAGGGCGUCGGGGACUAGGGAGAUAAAAGGAAGCCUGGGCUCCCGUCGAACUGGAACCGCCGCCCUCGACGCACAACAGCAGGGCCACGCUCCUUCACCCCUUCUGGUGCUAAUGGUAUUCCACCACCGCGUGUUCUCCUCCAUUAGCGUUCCCUCGAUCGAUCGAUCAAUCAAUCAGUCGUAUUCAUUGAGCGCUUACUGUGCGCAGAGCGCUCGGUGCGGAGCGUGGACUGAUUCGGGGACGGCACCGUUGUCUCCGAGUCCCAUUACCUCCUUUCAUAAAGCGGGGCAGGGUCAGCCAGGAGGAACCGCGUUUCGGGGAAGCUUUCCUCCCCCGACCUCCUCCGCGGGCGGGAAUCCGGCCCCCCGGGUUCCACUUGAGCUCGGGGAAACCGUCCACGGUUUUUCGGGGGACGGAGCCCAUCUGACCGAAAUGCUGUGGUUUUGCUGACGACGAAGCGGGCUUCAGAGCAGAGCACAGUUCCGGAAGCGUCUUUGAGGAACUAAAGGCCCAACGGUACCUUUCGUGCCGGAGGCGUCGAGAGUCGGGCGCGUGAUUUUUGUAGCGAUUUUUUUCUUUUUAAGCUUGUUAAUUCGGCGAAGAUGGUGGCGCGGCGGGGUGCCCGGAACCCUUUUUACGUCCGAGCCUCACUGUGUCCGGACGAAACUGGCUGGGGGCGUAGAGGCCGGCCGGGCCUCCUCUCCGUGGUGUGGCAUCUUUCACACCUUAAGACGUGUUCUUAUUCCCCCUCUUGUCACUUUGUGUUGUCUCGCCCUCAGAUGGAUGUUCGAUUCUCGGCUCCUUAGACGAGCCUCGAGGCGGGGACCCCCGGGCUUUUGGGGUGAGGUCCCCCUGCGGGGCCGAGUCCCGACACGUUUCAUUUCAUCCGCUGGCGCGAGUGCCGCUGUGGAAAUAGUUCAACACGGGCAUUGCCGAUCCGU